AUGGACACUUCGUCAGCGAAUGUGAAGAAAUUGGAUCCAAAAGAUGUGGCGAAGUAUUCGGAGAUCUUCGAGAUGUUCGACAAAACCAAAAGGGGUUCGUUUGGUGUGAAAGAACUCAAAGAAGUGAUGCAAUCGUAUGGUCUGAAUGCAAAUGAGCAGCAAUUGUAUGAAAUGGUCGCACAGAUUGAUACCAAUAACAACGGUUUAGUGACUUUCGACCAAUUCAUGGCUGUCUUCACUCAACGCAUGGCCGACAGCGAGAAGGAGGAAGAGAUGAGAGAAGCGUUCAAAGUGCUGGACAAAGACGGCAAUGGAUUCCUUCCCAUUCCGUAUCUCAAACGACUUAUGACUGAAAUGGGAGAUAAGAUGACAAAUGAAGAGUGGGAUCAGCUCUUGGAGACCAUUAGUAUGACUGGCAAUGAAGACAUCAAUUACGAAGAAAUGAUCACAAUUUUGAUGUCCACUCAGAAAUAG